CUAACUAUAAUUCAUGGAUUCCCCAGGAUAUAAUUCAUGUGGGAGGGGGCGUAAACUGCAGUACUUGACCUAUUACGUGACAUAAAUAUUUUUAGCUUAAAUAGUAUAACCGAAUAAAAAAGAAGAAUAGCUGUUGAGUGUUUCACCAGACGAGCUUGCAUAUUUGCAAGUCCCGUCAAAAUCGGUCUAGCCGUUCCAGAGAUUACCCGGAACAAACGAGCAGAAAGACAGACAAAAAUUUAAAAAAGGAUAAUCCAGCUUUUACAGGCUUUUUUAAUGAAGGUCAGAAACGAAUAGAUCUCGUCAUAGUAAUAAAUGAGGUAGAUGCCAGUGAAAAAUUGCAAGAGAUUCGUAUGAUUUUUUUAAUGAACAUUCUAAAACUGGGCCUAGAACUUGAAGUAGAAGUAGGAAAGUUGGCGGAACAUAAGAAUUUGCUAUUCGUUAAAGUGCACGCACCGGACUCAAUAAUUGAAGAAUUUGGUCUACUUUUUAAUGAGCGCAGAUUCUUUAAAGAUAAUCAUAUUGACUUCGUUCACCCAUAUUUCAAUUUCAUUGGAAUGAACCAUGAGCGAGACCUAAUUAAAACAAUACGAAAUCAAUACCCUGGACCUGGUAACUACUCAACUUUGGAGAGAAGCAUGAUUGUAUAUAAAAUUCUUCUUCAGCUACCUUUUGGUCAACAUGAAAAUCAUUACGGAAUAGAUAAAUUAAUUAAUUCAAAUAUUGUAUUAGAUGCAUUUGCUUUACAUGAUGGGCCAUACUUUAUUACACCGAAACAGAAAGCGUCUGUAUAUAUUAACGCAAGACAAGUGCUUUUUUAUAAUUGGGUUGGCUUUAUCAAUAUAUGGAAGAUGCAACCGAUUCAUAUGAUAAAAGAGUAUUUUGGUGAAAGGGUUGCUUUCUACUUUAGUUACUACGAGUUUUUCAACAUCAUGCUAACAAUUAUAACGGUGGUCGGUGCAUGGGUUGCAUUCGAUCAGUAUUUUGCAACGGUUAAACCCGAUCCCUUUACGAAGGUUGCUUGUGAUGAUUUAAAAAACCAAACGGACUUUUACUCAAAAACUUGUAAUGAGUGUCGAAAUAUUACCCUCUGUCCUUCUCUUCGUUAUUAUGACUAUUGCCCGGAAGUACAAUUUAUUGCGAGAAUUGAUAACGAAAACGUGUUUUAUUAUGCAUUUUUUGUCUCACUUUGUGCUCUCCUCUUUGUAAUACUUUGGAAAAGACAUGAAACGUACCUCAUGUGGAUAUGGGAAAUGAAUGAAAAAUGUAUAAACAAAUUACGUCGACCUGAAGUUCUACAUUACCCAAGUAUAUUUUACAUGAAAUUAAAUCUGACUGCUUUGUCAAUGGGCUAUCAGAGUAUAUUAGUCAUUAUUAUAAGAGGAUUCAUGAUAUUAUUCACAAUGGCAAUAUCCUGUGCUUUGCUAUGGGCUAUUCUUAUCAUAUCGCUAAAGUUCUGUUAUUUCAAACAUUGGUAUCGUCACAUGGAACGUUACCCUAACCUAAUCGGUUGGAAGGAAGGUGAAAAUAAACGCAUAGCGAUGGCAGCGUCAAUGCACACAACUUUCAUGUUUCUGUUAAAGAUAGUUGUCAUGAUACUAUCGUACAUUUCAACGGAACUUGAAAAAUACGACACAUAUGCAUCAUACGAUAGAUCUCUCGCUAUUAAGAUGUUUGGAUUUAAUUUCCUCUCAACCUAUAGUUUAGUAUUUUGCUACACCUGUCUUGGAGUAUUAAUAUUCACGCACCAUCUUGAUAAAGAUAAUUAUCAUUCGCUAGAAGGCUUUGGAGUGAUGAACAAUGGUUAUGGGACUUCCUUUGAUGAUAUAUGCGUGACUGUGGUGGUCAUGAUUGUUCUGGAACAAAUCAUUUUUAAAAUUCCUACUAUCCUAUAUUAUAAAAUGUCAGACUACGACCAACUCUGUGUCUUCGAUGCUAAUAUACCAUGCUGGGAGAGGGAAUACAAAUUACCAAAUCUUAAUGAAAUAUUUAUACAUAACAGUUACAGUACAUUAGCAAUGAAAUUCGCAAUGGCCACAUUGUUCUCUUAUACAUGUCCCAUAGUUACUUUGUUAAUUUUUUUGAUGAGUAUAUGGGAUAUAAGGUAUAAAGCACGAAGAGUUCUUCUAUGGCAUCGAAGGCCGUUGUUGAUAAAUGCAUCAGGGCCCGGCAUUUGGCACCGUUUGAUUUUUAUGGCAGCUCAUGUUAUUCCUCUAUUGAACGCAUCUCUUAUAGUGUUUCAAUCGAGAUAUUUCCUUAAGGAACAUGCAUUGCAAUAUUAUCUUGAGUUCACGAAUAAUCGAUUCUUAACCGGUGAAAUACGUCCUGAAAUAUAUAUAAUGCGAACUGAGCUAUACGAUCAAAUACGAGCUUUACAAUACAAAGUUGCUAAAGAAGUGCUAUCAUUCAGAACCUGUUCUACCCUUGAUUUCUGGGCAAUUGGGGACCUUGAUUACUAUAAUCCUGCACUGUUUCCUUGGUGGACCGUAAGAUGUUACAGAGUUGAAUUCUUGAUUUUAUGUGAGGCCUUCUUAUUGCUAUUUACAAUAUUAUUACAUUUUCUAAUUCCUUCGAUGACUGACGAUAUGAAAGACACUAUCAAGAAGGAGAAACAAAUCAAACAGGAAUUCUAUAUCCGCAAAGGUUUUUUAGCUACAUAA